AACCUCCCAAUUAUCAGUUAAUAAAUUCACGGGUUAGGUGUUGGAAUCAAAAAAACGCACAAAACUUGUGAUUUAUUUCCGUCACUAAUGUGUUGCGGGCGCCGCCUCUGGGCGUCCGUCAAGAUCGCAGCUGUCAAAUCUGGAUUUGUCAAAAUUCUAUUUUGAAAAUACGUAAAAAUAUUAUCAAAAGCGAUUAAAGCCCACCGAAUAGCCCAGCCGUUAUCAAGGUUAAAGUACUGUUAUGUGUUUGAAUCCGGUGCGAUCUUUGAACGCCUCCCGAAAAUGUUGGAGGGUCUUGCAGCAUGGGUUCUGAACAAUUACCUGGGGAAGUACGUGGAGAAUUUGAACACCGACCAGUUGAGCAUUGCGUUGUUGUCGGGUAAGGUCGAGCUUGAGAAUUUGCCCCUCAAGAAGGAUGCAUUGCGACACCUGGGACUACCCAUCGAAAUCAAAGCUGGGUUCAUUGGGAAAGUUAAGUUACAAAUACCUGUCCGGCAAAUAAGAUCAGCGCCUUGGGUCAUUGCCAUUGAACAGUUGUACUUAGUUGCGAGCCCCCUGCCAGUGGAUGAGUGGGACGCAGAGUCCGAAGAACUGGCGGCGCAAGAAAUCAAAUUAAGUGCUUUGGACAUUAUUGAAGCCAGAUGGAGGUUGGAGACGGAAUCAAGGGACUCCUCGUCUUACUAUGCUUCUAGUUACUCCUCUUGGCUCGGUUUUGGGGCCGGUUUAGUGUCAGAUAUAAUAGAAAACCUCCAGUUAAAAAUCCAAGAUGUGCACAUCAGAUACGAGGACAGUGUCAGUAUACCAAACAAAUCCGUGGCUUUCGGGGUCACCAUGGAGUCGCUUUCGGCCCAAAGCUGUGACGCGAACUGGGCCCCCGGUUUUUCACACUGGGCCAUGGGAGCGGAGUCGUUUAAAAUCUUAGAAAUGCAGAAAUUUGCAAUUUAUUGGGUUGAUUUAGAGCCGAGUCAGUUGCUGUCAAGGCUUGGGUUGGGGGAUCUCGCGAUUGCAAUGUCGCCAACUCAAACCACCAAACAAACCCGCCACUACAUCCUCGCCCCCGUGAGCGCCCUGGCCCACGUCAAGCGCAACCGCAGCGAACAGCCCCUCAGAUCUAGCGAUACGCCACGUGUAGUCUGUGAUUUAAUUUUGGACGAAGUCCCCUUAACCCUAAUCGACUGGCAAUACGACCAAAUCGUCAAAUGCAUCAAAGGCUUGGACACAAUCGACCGCCUUCGCAGCUACCGCCGCUACAAACCCUCAUGCUCUGUCAAGGACGACCCUCGAGCUUGGUGGUUCUACGCCAUCAGUUGUCUCUACCCCGGGAAACAACCGGCGCUUUGUCGCCCCAGACCCACCCUCGAGUCGUGCCUAACACGAGCGAAGCAGAACGUCAAAUACGUCAACUUGUACAUGAAAAUAUUAGCAACCCCCAAUCUGGUCCUAACCCCCGAUGAGAAAAAAUUAAAGGAUGAGGUCGAAUGGGCCCGGGAUUUCGACGAGCUGAAGGUCCUGCGGGAGAUUGCCAUGAGAUCGGUCCCGAUCCCCGAUCGCAAUUCAACGAACGGGAACUCAGCUGGGAGGAGCAUGCUGGUGCGGUGGUUCCCCCAAUGGAUGGGGUGGUAUUCCUCCCCGGCGACUGAGCCGGAGAGCAGUGAAACGGCGCAGUUGGAGGGCGAGAUUCUGCAAGUCUUGAGCGACUCAGCUGAGAAUAAUACGAUUUUGAAGCGGGAUGCGGUGUUUGGGCAUUUUAAUUUUUGUCUGAAGCGGGGCUGUUUGACGUUGUGUGCGUCACAAGAAGAUACAAACGAGAGUUCGCCAAUGCUCGAACUGGAAUUUAAAAACUUGUCGUUGAAUAUUUUGAGUAAACCGAGGACGGCGUCACAUCUGGUGGAAUUGUCGCUUGGAGCGCUUUAUUUGAAAGAUAAAAUUACGCUAAAUACCAUGUUUCCGGUCUUAAUGGGACCGCCGGGUUUUGAAAGAAUGAAUUUCGGAAGGUCACAAGGGCCCAGUCCGAGGGCGAGUGUCGCGAGUCGGUUGGAGGAGGCCAAUGAGCAUCUGUUUUACCUGGCGUAUGAGAAGAAACCGCAAAAUACGGGCUGUGAUUACAGGUUGUGCAUCCGUUCGAAAUGUCUGGACGUCGUCUACCAGCCAAACGCCGUGCGUUGGCUCACCGAAUUCCUCUGUUUGCCUCACCAACGCGACAUCACCCACUCACGCAUCGAAGCGAUGAAAACACGAACCAAAAAAGAACUCAUCAAAAACUGGGAACAAAUCUUAGAUGGCCGCGAUGUUGCUAGAACCACCUGGGAACUAGAACUGGACAUAUCCGCUCCUCAAAUAAUUUUCGUGGAGCAAUUCACCGACAACAAUUCCGCAAUGGCUGUGAUCGACUUCGGUCGCCUUCAACUGAGCAAUCACCCGACUUUACCCGAAAUCACGCGCCCCCAAUUCAUGACCAAAGAGAGCGAAGACGAGGAGAAAUUCGUUACGCCUUGUUCGACGCCACCAGCGAGCGAAGCGAGUGACUCAGAGGAGCACACUUUGGAGCUUUUGCCCAAUUUGGAGGCGGACAUGAAGGGGUCGUUUUCGGAAAAAUUGCUCUAUCAUCGGUUGUACGACACUUAUUGUGUCGAACUGACCGAUCUUCAAAUUUUGAUCGGGAAAGUUAAAGAUAACUGGCGUUAUGCCCACAAUAAGGGAUCUUCCACACUUCAUGUCCUCGACCGGUUUAAUAUUUCGCUCCAAAUUGAAAAACGGGUGAUUCACACGUCCGAUCCCCACUAUCCCAGUCUUAUUAUCAACACCAAUCUUCCAAAACUAGUCGCACAUUUGAACGAGAGUAAAAUCACAGCUGCGAGGACUCUCUUUCAUAUAAUUACAGUCACCGGUCUUCCUUCACCGUUCAAAAGCCCGGAAAAUCCGGUCGAAGUUAUCACAGACACCGGCCAAGAUGAGGACGAAUCUGCAAGUCUUGACACAAGUCUCGAAAUGUCCCGCUUGUUAAUGGUUCAGUUCACCGUUGACCAUUUAUCACUGGAGGUUCAAAGUCGGGGCCGUUGUGUGGCGGAGUUACAAGUGGCAGGGGUUAAAGUUGCGUUCACCAAGCGCCCCCACGAUAUCAGUGUCACUUUAACCGUUCAUAGUUUAUUGCUGGUUGAUGCCUUGCAGACUUUUGGGCCCGAUUUUGAAUUGUUGAUUGCGAGUCAUAAGCACGUGGGGAUGGAUUCGAUGUCGGGGAGUUUGAGGGAUAGUGAGCCCACGUCGCCCACAAGUCCGGCGAGUCCGGACCCCACUUUGGGGCGCACGGGGGCCACUUCGCCCAUUGCCUUAAAACAGGCUUUGAGUAGUUUGGCGACUUCGCCACCGAAUAAUUACGGGGGCCCUCCGAGGCCUCCGGUGAUUUUUGAUGCCGAGGCUUUGAUCUCGAUAGAGGUUUUGAUUGUGACGGGGGCGGAGCCCGUCCAGAUUGCCAAUAUACAGUUCAAUAAUCUGGAUAUUAUUGCAAAUCAGGAAACUCUUGUCGAACUAAUCGGCUUCACCCAAAGAGUAUUCCCAAAGUCGCAAAAAGCGAGCAACCUGAAUUUACUAUCAACGGUUUCCUCAAAAGUCCGCGAGACAACCGCAUCGUCGGAAUCACUUCUCGAAGAAUCAUCAAAAUUCGGUUCAACCGAACUUACAUUCGACUUCCACCGCUUAAACGUCCUCCUCCUUCGAGGAGUCGUCAGAGACGGCGUACUUUGCGGUAAAAAAAUCUGCACUGCGACUAUGAGUGACGCGAAAAUUCAGGCAACAGUAGACCAUAAAGUGGAAGUUGAGGGUUCUUUAGGCGGCCUCCAAGUCCUGGACUUGACCCCUGAAGGCCAAAUGCACCAGCGCAUCAUCAGCGUGGGCCGAGACCCCCUCAUGGAGACCAUGCACCCGUUGUACACAAUGUCGGUGCCGCAUGAGGACAACCGGACGGCUUUCAGCUUCAAAGUUGUGCGAAGUUUACAGACAGACGCCCAGGACGUGGCCGAUGUUACCGUCCGGAUGGCUUCGUUGUGGUACACGCACUCGCCACAGUUCGUGAUGGAGCUGCAGUCGUGUGCUUCCGAAUUCAAGCAAUACUUAUCGAACUUGGCGCGCUCGAUUCGCACUGCGGCCACCGACAUGGCUUUGGGGCUAGUUCAUGCCAGGGCUGAAGCUUUGGCCCAGUCUUUGUACAUGAACGCGCGCUUAUCGUCGUCGAUCUACGGCAGCGCCUUGUCAUUUUCCGAGUGUUCUUCGCCGCGGAAACGAAGGCGGAGCAGUUCGAUGGAUCCGUCUGGGUAUUCCUCAGCCAGAGAUACAGUGCCUCAAACGCCCUAUAGUCCUGACGAUGACGAUAAUUUUUUCAUAGAUUUGAGGUUGGAUGUUGAGUUGGACAGUCCUGUUGUUGUUCUUCCACAAGCGAGUAACAGUCCGAAAGUUUUUGUCGCACAUUUGGGCAAAAUUAGUGUCAGUAAUAAAUACGAGAGUGAUUUUGAGCCCAAUGGUCACGAUUUUGAAUACACGGAGUUUAGAAUUGAACAUUAUAACGUGGAAAUACGUGAUAUGAAUUUGUUUUCGGUUGAUACGAGCAAUCGCAGAGUGCCAGGACCAAUGAUAAGCAAACCCGAAGUCCUAUACAGUUGCAAAUCGUCAGCCAAACCUAUCAUACACGACACAAUUUUACAAUUAAAAAUCGAACGCGAAAUCAACAAAACCUUGCAAACGACACACAGCAGCGAAUCGAAUCUUUUAUUCGACGACGACGAAAAUACAAGUCAUCCAUUCACAGAAAACAUUUACAUUAAAGGCAGUGUUGUAAACGAUCUGAAAGUGUCUUUAACUCGCACACAAUACGAGCAACUUUUAGACACUUUACAGUGGCUGACUUCCCCACCGGUCAUGGUGGACAUACAGGGUGUUUCCCGCACUAAUAUCAAGCCAGCAAACAUUCUUUCCGACAUCAGCGAGGAAGACACAGGGGUGACAACCCUAAACAUGGACCCCCACGUCCGCGCAAAACUAUUCCCAGCAGUCCAAACAACCCGCCUUAAACCAGCGUCACACAGCAACGUUUCUUUGCGAGUUUUAUUCGAAUUGCCCGUUUUCACGAUUGAAUUACGCGGGGAUUCCCCGACUGGCGAGCAAGGCCUUGUCGAUCUCUCAUUCCGCGACUUUAUCUUCAACUACGAAAAAUGUCACCUCUACGAAACCAACAUCCAAGUGUCUCUCCGCUCGAUUUUCAUGGAAGAUUUGCUCCAGCCGGAGAAUACGAAACAAAGGGCGAUGGUUAUCUCAUCUUCCGGGAACGAUGUUCCCCAAAAUUCGGCUUGUGUCUCUAGAUCGUGUCCCGAUGUUUCGUAUUUGCCGCAUUUUAAUAGCCCAUCGCACGGCUCACUUCCGGACCAUCUGGAGACGGCGAGGGUUUUCGGGAUGCGACCGGUGAAAAUCCAGGAAAAGGUCGAUGUUGUGUGUCCGAGCACGCCGCCCCCCUCUCCCUCACAAGGGAGGAUCAGGCCCGAGAGGAAUUUGGUGCUGAUUAGUACGCUGCUAGUGGACCCUUCAGCGCCCAAUUUUAGCACAACGUAUAAAUCGAUCCAAAGAACGACUUCUGUCGAUUUCAAUUGCUUAGAUCUGGUCGUAAGUGUGGAAUCGUGGGUUGUGGUUAUAGAUUUCUUCAGUGCUUCCCCUUCGAAUUCUUCGCAAAAUACAUCAGCACUGUCGGUUAGUGCCCCAGCCAGUGACGAUUCACAAAAUGUCAAAAAAGAAAACACUGAAACCAUCAUCACCGUGAGAUCCUUAACUCUGGUGCUCAUGCGACCCGAAAUCGAAGUCGCUAAAGCAAACAUAUCGAACGUUGACAUUUCUGUAAAAACGAGCGGUUUGUUUAAAGAAGUUCGGGGUAAGUUGGGGUCAAUGUCGCUGUUGGAUUUGACACUACAUGGCCAACUGUAUCGUGAGAGAUUCAUAACAGCAGGAAAGCGGGCUUUACAGUUUAGCUACAUCAGAGACUCAGGAAACAAGUCACUAAAUUACGAUGCUCAAUUAUCAAUCGAGAUGUCCUCAGUGAUGUACGUCCACACCAAACGAUUCGUGGCCGAACUACAAGCCUUUUUCAACCAUUUCACGCAAUUACAAGCCGUUAUGAAAAGUAUCAGAGCGGCCACAAGCGGGCAAACAAUACGCGACGACCCGUUAAAACUAUCACUCGUUCUUAAGGCCGGGUCUCCAAUGAUCCUCCUACCAGUCAGUUCGAAAUCAUCCGAUUUAUUAAUCGUGGAUUUGGGGCAACUUUUAGUCACAAACUCGUUUAAAAUGUCGGGAGACUCGGGAACUAUCAGUGUUGUGACAAAUGACGCGAAAAAAUGCCUACUUGAUGUUAUGAUGAUCGAACUGGACAACAUGGACUUGUAUGCUGGGGUCAAAGAAAACGAGUUCAAUCCGGCCCGGAAGGGGGCCUUCAAACUGGGGUACGGGCAAGUGACCAAAAAGGGGCCCUCCCUCUUGAAGGAGAAGUUUCAGUUCAAAUUGCAAGUCGAGCGGAAUUUGACCAGUAGCAUUUGUCACAACGUGCCGGAUAUGAGCAUUUACGGCCAGUUGUCUACUCUGGACGGCUUGCUAGACCUGUCCCAGUAUCGCUUAAUCCGCGGUCUGCUCGCUUUUAACUUAGGUGAAGACACUGAGCGAGUGCUGCCCUCUGUGAGCCCACCGCCAGUCAAUGCAGACCCAAACAUACGCGAUAUUUGGACUUUGUCGUCCUUGAAAUUGGACUUACAAAAUGUCACUCUGUGUCUCCAAACCAAUCCGAACACUGCGCCACUCACUUGCAUCAAUUUUAUCAAGUCGAGACUAACAGUCGAGACUUUUAGUAACUUGAGCCAAGACAUUGAUUUGAUAUCUCAGGAAAUAUUGAUAAUGGACACACGUUUUAAUGAUGUAGUGGCUGAAAAACGGCCCAACGUGUUCCAGAAUAUCCUGCAACCAAUCAAAGACUCGUCGAAGCAGGAAAAUCUAGUCCAGGCUGAGAUCCACAGUCGGAAAAGACAGGACCAUUUCAAGUACACAAUUCUGUUGAAUAAUAUGAGACUGAUGGCGAUUUUUGACUGGUGGGAGGCCGUUCAAAAGUACAUAUUUCAGGAAAUUGAGAACGUUUCAAGCAGUCCUGAGCACCAGAAAGUUGUGACUAGUAAAAAAAUAGACGAUAUACCGUUUGAGCUCAAACUGAACAUCACGGAUUCUGAGCUUGUUGUGCUCGAAAAUACGUCACAGUGGGACUCGAAUGCCGUCAUUUUGAAAAGCACAACUGUGAUUACCUACAAGCCGAACAACAUCGAAAAACCGCUUUCUUGCAGCUUAAAUAAUUGCGAGAUGUUUUCGUGUAUUUUGGGAAUGGAGGACGAGACCGCGCUCUCGAUCAUUGAUCCGGUCACACUUAACAUGGACAUAAAUAAGGACAAUAUUUUGGAAGCGCAGCUGCAGUUUUUAACAGUGAGAUUGUCUUAUCACGACAUGUGUAUGUUUUUGCAGAUGUUGAACUCGCUUCCGAGGCAAAUGUUUGCCAAUAAGGAGCAAGAUUCGCCACAGGAUGUUAUAGCCAAAAGUCAAAUAGCGCGACUUACGACUUUGGGUUUCAAGACUGAGGAUUGUAUGAAAGCGCUCGAAACGUGUGAAAAUAAUUUAGACGAUGCGGCGUUGUGGUUGAUUCAGAAUGCGGCGAGUUUUCAUAAUAAUAAUGAAAGUGAUCGGUCGCCUCUUAACAUCAAAGCGGUUGAGGUCAAGGCGAAUUGCAUUUCAAUAUGUAUCAUUGACGAUUGUGGCGACUCUGACGUCCCACUCCUCGAAUUAUCUUUCUCCCAGCUGAACCUACACCAAUUGCUACCCGAAUUCGACAUAAACGACCCAAUUUACCCCCAAGGAACACUAGAAUGCGUCCUAGCUGGCGACUACUACAACCGGGUUUUAUCCGGUUGGGAGCCGGCGAUCGAACCCUGGAAGUGCAAAAUUUCAUGGGAAAAAUCCCUAACCAAAGACCUGAAACGCAACAGACUGAACCUAAAGGCCGAAUCGUCCGCAAUCAUCAACCUCAACAUAACAUCAACCCUAGUCGAGCUCUACAAGCAAGUCAAGGAGAACUGGACCAAAGACUACUACAGCGGAAACGACCAAAGGGACAACUCGAUGAGCUACCGUCGACGAUCGCCUUUUGUCCCUUUCGCCCUCAAAAACGACACAGGCUCACCCCUACAUUUCACAACUCUGAUCACCGAAAUAAAUAAAUUUAAGGCGGUCUCCGACUACCACAAAAAUGACUCUUGGGUUCUGGUGGCCCCAGGCGAGACUGUCCCUUUUUCGUUCCAAAAUCGGGUCAAAAUGAGACACCACGACUCGCAUAAAAUGAAAAUGCACCAAUUGGGGGUCAAAGUUGAGGGGUGGCAACCCCUAACGCCAGUUACGGUGGAUAAAGUCGGGAUCUACUUUCGCAUAACACAUGCUCAGAUUCAAAAUAGGUCACAAACUGAAGUUCCGUCUGCUCGAAUUGUCUUCGAUAUUUCUCUCGAAGGCUCGGCUCGCAAAUUAAUUACAGUGCGGUCGGCUCUUGUAAUUAUCAAUAAAUUGCCCCAUUCGAUUGAUCUUAAGUUGGAAAGUCAGCUGCCCCACGCUGCGGUUACGAUGUGGGCCGCAAGCAAGGUGUUCAGCAUCGAAAGUGGUGCCAAGCUGGCUGUGCCAGUGGUACACGCCCAUUCGUUGAUAACAGCGCGCCCUGCUGGGUUUUCCUACAAUUACACGUACUGUUCUCCGGCCUUAUCAUGGUCCCAAAUGCCCUCCUAUCUCGAUUCGGUCUACGAAGUCCGAAUUUGUCAUUCGCAUAAAGGUCACCUGUACCGCUUUUGCGCCCAAAUGGUGAAAGAAGCACACUCGACUGAACGAAACAUCCAUUUGGGGCAACCAGCUCACCGAAUAAUUCUACUCCCAGCAGUUAAAUUGUGCAAUCUGCUGCCGAUUGAUUUGAGUUAUAAUUUGUCGGGGGAUAAGGGCCGGGUGUCGGCCGGUUCGAACGCUGCGAUAACUAAUGUCGAUCUUGAUAAAACUAUCGAACUGGACGUGCUUUUGGAAAAUUUCAAAACCACGAACAAAGUCAUAAUACCGCUAGGGACUAUGGAUUUUAAGUGUCGGAUUAAUCUCGAGGAUGAACGUGGCAGGAAGUUAUUUUUGUCGGUUGUUGUUUCGCCAAAUAAUGGUGCAAAAUUGAAAAUAGCAAUAUCAGCGCCUUAUUGGAUAAUUAAUAAGACUGGGCUACCGCUUGUUUUUCGUCAAGCGGGGACGUCGCAUGAAAGUGCAGGACAAUUCGAUGAACAUGAAAUUGCAAGGAUGGUCAGUCCUUUGCUGUUUAGUUUUUCGGAUCAGGAAGCGAGUCCGACGAUAAAUGCGAGAGUGGGGAAUUAUGUGAUACGAGAUGGAUCGCCUCAGUGGUGUUCCAACUUCCACGUCCAGAAAGGCAUACAAGUGAAAAAACUCCACGUCACAAUGCGUGACGGUAAACCUGACACGGUUUUCAUAGUCGGAGUCGAAGUACGUCCAGGACGUGGCAAAUACAGAUCGGUUAGUAUCAUAACAAUAUCACCACGCUAUCAACUCUACAACCAAACCUCCUACAAAUUAAUUUUCACUCAAAGUUGUUUCGCCCGAAACUUAACCGACUCCAGGUCGCAAAAGACUUGCCUUAAGGCCAUGCCCAACUCGCACAUUCCGUUCCAUUGGCCCCGCUUGGACAAAGACCAGCUUUUAUGCGUCUCAAUCCAAGAUAUCGCCGACUGUUGUUGGUCAGGUGGUUUAAGAAUCGACGAAAUUAAUUCGCUACACGUGAAUGUGAGAGACUCAAACGGGCGGGUUUAUUUCAUAAGGUUGGAAGUACUGUUACAAGGAGCGACGUUUUUUAUCAUUUUCACCGACGCUGACACGCUACCACCACCAAUCAGAGUCGAUAAUUUCUCAGAAGUGACGAUCACUUUUGCCCAAACGAGUUGCAAAGAUCUGAUGCAUAGCACGGCAAGGGCCCACACUAGCGUGCCCUAUGCCUGGGACCAGCCCACUGAGAGACAAUUCCUGACCGUCACGGUCCCCGGCGGCGUCUCCGACACGUACGAUUUGAACAAAUUGGGGAAAGCUUCAGGACUGACUUACGAAAAUUUUAUCUACAUAGCUUUCACCGGAACUUUCAAGAACGGUCAAGACGUUCUAGACCCGCUCGAUGUCGAGAGCCAGGAGCUGGUUCUAGACGUUGUGAAAAAUCAAGUUAUUCUGAACCGCAAACGCCACGGUUUGAGGUCGCAGCUGUGGAGGAUGACACCAGAAGGCCGUCUUCAGCACGAGGGCAGCAGCCCGCCUUCGCAUCCUCACCAGCCGACUAGGUCGGAUAAUAUUCUAGUCCUUGAUAUUGAAAAUACAGCUCCGCAACCUAAUACCUACUCGAGGUUGGUUUUGCGACGCAUUGACCCGAGGAGGAGGUCCACGCAGACGUGGAGGUUUACCGAGGAGGGGAGGCUGUGUUGUGCGCAUUCUAGUAUGUGUGUGCAAGCGCAGGAUGGGUUUUUCGGCUUGAGACAAGGUGGGAGAAAUGCCGGCAGUUGGCAGCAGUGGAAUUCUGCCGUUCUGGGUUGCCCCCAGCCCGUCUGUCACAAAAUGACCGACUCCGGCAUACCAAUCGAACAGGCCAUAAGUCGCCAGCGACUUCGGCCCGGUUCGGGCCUUUUAUCGGUCAGUGUGACAAUGGACGGCCCGACCCGAGUCCUAAGCAUCAAAGACGCGAAAGAAUCCCGAAUUUACGCGACCCCUGACGAACGCGAAUGGAGCAGUAUUUCCCUAAAACAACGGCCGAACCUAACAAUCGACGAAAACGAAAACAAAAAAGACAAACGCGAACUACAACUAACUAUAAAUUUGGAAGGCCUAGGGAUUAGUCUAGUGUGUUGCAAAACACCCGAAGAGCUACUCUAUGCCCUUUUCUCGAACAUAGUGGGCGAGACUGUCAUUACGCCAUCUUCCAAACAGUUCUGCAUCAGUGUGGGGGAUGUACAGGUUGAUAACCAAUUGUUUGAAACGCCGGUUCCUGUGGUACUUUAUGUCACGCCCCCAAGUUCGCGAAAUAACGACGAAAUUAAUAAUAAAUUACCGGCGAUUGAUUUCACGGCCGAAUUGCAGGAGAAGCUAAACAUGAAUGCGGAAAUUUUCAAAUACUUGAUUCUGCGUUUGAAAAAAAUCACGAUUAUUCUCGAGGAGAAACUGCUGCUUAAGCUGUUUGAUUUCAUCGGCUACCACUCACGGGAGGAGGAGUUGAUAAAUAGGGACGAAAAUGACUACGAAGUUCAGCGAUUGUUGCUCGAAGUUUCGGCAGCUCAUGCCAAACGCUACUACUUCGGAGUCAUCCAAUUAAUUUUGGACCAGAUAAGACUGAGCGUCAAAACCGCAACGAAACUUCCGCCACAUUUGCAAAAAAUCAAACGAAAGUUGGGCCUGACUUUAAUUAAAUUCGAAGACGCCGCCGUUGAUUUGCAAGCCUUCGACCGGCGCCACCUCUUCGAAACGAGCCAAUUUUUAAUCAAUUCCAUAAUCAAGCACUUUAAGGAUGAACUGAUGUGGCAGGCGGGCAUUAUCCUAGUCUCGGUGGAUUUCCUCGGAAAUCCUCUAGGUUUCGUCAAUGACGUGUCUGAGGGCUUUUCCGGGCUACUGUUCGAGGGCAACGUGGGGGCUUUGGUCAAAAAUGUGACUCACGGGAUUUCGAACAGCGCUGUCAAAGUCACAGAGUCGAUUUCGGACGGUUUGGGACGCGCUGUGUUGGACGAUCAUCAUGAGGAAGUCCGGCAGAAGAUCAGACAAGUCGAGAGUGGGCGAAGUCGGGAUCAUAUUGUUGCGGGGUUUAAGGGAUUAGGGUUUGGGAUUUUGGGGGGCGCUACUGGGCUGUUUAAGCAGGUGUACGAGGGGGCGUCCAAUGAUGGGCUCCCGGGGGUGAUUUCGGGGAUUGGGAAGGGGCUAGUGGGGGCUGUGACCAAGCCGGUGGUUGGAGUGCUCGAUUUUGCGUCGGAGACGGCGCGGGCUGUGCGAGAUUCGAGCCGCAGCAAGUCCGUCCCUGAGCGAAUCCGGCUGCCACGGUGUGUCUGUGGCCCCGGAAGCCUCCUCCCCCGUUACAGUUACAAGCAAAGCCAGGGGCAACUCUACUUAUACAUGGUUAACGACAAGGAUUAUAAGGAACAGUUGGUGGCGUACGAGAUCCUUGGUAGCGCGUCUGAGGAUCUGCACUGCAUCGUUUCUAAUUUAAAAUUCCGCAUUGUGGCGAGCACACACGCACCGGACUUGACUCCGGUCAUUGAUUGCCACUUGAGUGAUUUAGAAUCGUGCGACGUAAUUGUGGAAAAAGAGGGGUCAGAGUCGCGGUAUUACAUCGAAAUUGUCAUGCAUGUCGCUGGGACGAGUGCGGCUUUGGUGAAUCCGGAUCCGGUGAAAAAGCCCCGAGUUCGGUGCAAAACUGCAGAGCUAGCCAAGUCCGUUUCGCAGCAAAUUAAUUACGCCAAAAGGUUGUACUUCGAGCGACUCUACACACUGAACAGCGACAAUAUUAUCAAUUUAGAAGACUGAACGUUAUCGCACUUAUUUUUGUUUUUGUUAGUAUUACUGUUGAUUUUAUCCAGUUGGUGGUUUUUAUUGUUUACUCUUUUGUUGUGCCCUAUUUAUUUCAAGUGCCUUUAUAAAUUCGCUUUUUAUGUAAAAUAAUGUAAAUAGGCUGUCGCGCGCAUUUGGUUUUAUUUAUUUUCCGUAGGGAUUGUUUUCUCUUAGCGUUAAUUUCCAAUCAAAAACAAAACUAACUUGUACAUAAUGUUACUAUAAUUUUUUACCAAAGAUUAUACCAGUCGGUGUUGCAAUAAAAUUUUAUUACAA